CCAUCCGGAGUCAAAUUCUUCAUCCUUGCUUCCCAACAAAAACCCAUCUCUCCCUCUCUCUUUCUCUCUCAAAAACUGUUACUACUAAAACAACUAUGUCAUCCAGUAACAAGAAAAGGCUCAUCCUCAACACUGUCUCAGUUAACUUAGGAUGUAACAGUUGCAAGAAACCAAGUCUUUCUAACAUUUUCAGCCCCAAACCAAGACCCAGAGCCACCACCACUUAUCACAACCACCACCUCUACUACUCUUCUUCUACCUCGUCAAAAACCACCACCACCGCCACCCCCACUACAACCACCUCAUUGUCUCCGGCCACCGACACUCCACCCCAUCAUUACUGGGACAGGAAUAACAACAGCAGCAGCAGCAAGAACAAGACAAAAUGUUCAAGAAGUACUGUACGAGGAUUUGGUCGAGUUGGAGGUGAAAGUGUAGCAGUUGAGAAAGACUCAGAUGACCCAUAUCUGGAUUUUCGACAUUCAAUGCUACAAAUGAUAUUGGAGAAAGAGAUAUACUCUAAAGAUGAUCUAAAAGAGCUUUUGAACUGUUUCUUGCAGCUUAAUUCUCCUUAUCACCAUGGGAUUAUUGUUAGAGCUUUUACUGAGAUCUGGAAUGGCGUUUACUCUGUUAAAUCGUCGUCGUAUAACACUGCUACCGGUUAUGGUUCUUCUUCUUGCUCGCAGUCGCAGCAGCACCAGAAGUUGCAUUAUUACUAUGGAUGACGCUACCUAUGUCACGUGACUUCUAAGUUUUUGGUGUUGCACGUGAAAGUUUCCUUUUUUCUUUUUCUUUUUUAGCAUUUUCUUGUAGUAGGAAUAUCAAUAUGAGGAAGAUUAACCUGUAAUAAAAUCUUUUAAAUGAAAUGUAGAAGUUCCUUUUUAACUGUAUGGAGACUUCUACAGAUAAUCCAGCUGUUUUUUUUCUUUUUCGACUUAAAUGAGAAAAUUGUCUUUAAUUAGUUA